CACAGGUUUCUUUUCCUAGUCUGCUUGCAUUUCAGGGGGAACGAUGUACAUACUGCUAAAAGGAAAACCAUCUGAAGGAAACGUUGAACAGAAAUGGCAGGUUUCUCUCCAGGCAAAAUCCCCAAAUAUGAAACAAAACCUAAAAGAUGUUCUUAUUGGUGGAAAUACAGGAAGCAGCAUUCGCAUGAUUCCACUUCUGCUUUUUUCCGUAGAAACAGGAAGUGAUCGGAGGUCAAGUGAAUCAGUGGCCUCCUUCCAGACAUCAUCUGCCUCCUUCCUCUGUGAACUGAGGCGCUUCCUAGAUGCUGUCCUGCCUCAGCAACGCACCGAGCCCCCUCUAUUGCCGCUCGGCUCCCUGCAGUCCCUUCCUCCUCUGGCUCUCGGCUUAUCCACCAGCGAGGCCCUGUUGGCGGAAAUCAUUAACUCCUCUGCCCCCACUAUCUUUUCCUUCGCCAGCUGGAGCUCCUGCUUCCCGGUGCGUCCUGGACAGCUGGCCCUCUCCCCUGCUCUGCUGGAGGAGCUUGGGCAGAGGCUGGAGAAGAAUGAGCAGCAGAUAAAGGAGUUGAUACGGCAGGAAGCCAUACCACCCAGAUCAUCAGAGAAGCUGGAGAGACUCAGAGAGCUCAGUGCUUUUCAGAGGCAGGAACCUGCAGCAGAAGGAGAGAGCCAAUACUGCGCCUUCCUCCUCCUAAAGGCCCUGCAGACGGUGACCCAUGCAUACAACAUACAGGGAAAGCUGAGGGCCACCAGAGCAGGCCCUUCCACCAGGGGACCCAUCUGCGGGCUGGGUAGUCUCACAGUGUCCCUCGAACAGCUCCUCUUGGGCCCCCAGAGCGCCAACCUCAACAACUGCCGCGGCUCAUGUGCUUUCCCGUUAUCCAACGGCAACAACCACGCAGUCCUCCUGAACUAUCACAUCGAGAGGGGCAAUGUGAACGAGCGGGGGCCCUGCUGCGUGCCGUUGACCUACGACCCCCUGGAGGUGAUUGACUGGAACGACGAGGGCAGCUUUCUCUCCAUCAAGCCGGAUAUGAUAGCCAAAGAGUGCGGCUGUCGCUAAAAGUUUGUGGCUUUCUGCAUGCAGGGUUUAUACAGUUAUGGUAAAUUCACAUUAUUUAAACAGAUAUGUAUGAUUCUUUCACAUAGAUGUUACAAUGUGCAUGUUUUAUUAUUCUUUCUGUCCUCAUAUGUAUAACAAUUCAAACAUUAAAAUAACCAUGAUCAAAGACAGUCUGUACUUGGUUGUACUUUUUAUUCAGGAAUCCUGUGAAUCCAUCAAAGAAAACAUUUUUUAUGCUUCACUCUUUAGCUUUCGGUUUUAGAAUUACUUUUCUGCCUAUUGGCUUUUUUCUUCUCCGUAUUGCUCCAAGCUCUUCGGAUCCCCACCAACUGGUCACACUGUCCCAUAUGGAAAACUGGGAAAAGAAAUAGGGAAAUAACACCAUGAAUGAAUAAUGAAAUGCUCUAACAAUUAUUUCAAGGCAGGGACACUUCCAGAACGUUCUCCAGGGGUCAGCUGGAUGGGGGCCACUGAUAAUGACAACAAAACUAAAAGAUAUAACAGAGAUUCUGAAAAUGUCCCACUAAAUGCCCUCUCCUAAAUUAAUGCAUGUAAAAAAGCCUGAUUAUUAGAGGGCCAGAGUGUUCAAAAGGGUGACUGUUGCCCUCCUGCAGCUCACUCUCUUCAAAACCCUUCAAAAAUGUCUUUAUUGUUGCAUCAGCUAAAGAGUAAUGAUGGAAAUUGAAAUGAGUAGAACUUUACUGUUUUGACUUUGGAGAUACAUCACAUUUCAUGACG